AUGCUCGAACUUUUAUGUGACGCUGUGUCGUCCUCUAAAGCAGAUGGAGCUUUUGGUUCCGGCCACCCGUCUUCCAAAUAUCAUGAGCUCGGUGGAGUUCCAUUAGAGACAAGCGCGCUGGCUCAGAUGAUAUUCUCGACGCCUCGCAGAGCUGUCAGUGAUGUGAUCAUUGAUAAAGUGCACACCGUCACUGCCGAAACACUCGUGAAGUUGAUUGGUAAAGCUUAUCCAUCAAAUAAGUUGGUCUUCUGUAAUCACUGCUCGAUUCAGUCUUCGGAAGCAAUAGUACCUGAACUUCUGUUGUCUUGUCCUGCACGAGAUGUUAGCAUAGUACCUAGUGUGGCGUUGUUGCACCACCUGUUUGAUGAUUCGGCUCUCGUGCGCCUCGUCUUAUCAGAUCAUGCAAUUCGGCGGAAUAUUCGACUCCCUCUGUGUGCAAUCACUCACCGAGGCAUUAGUCGCGCUGCUCAGGCGUUCUAUAAGCGGUGCUGCGAUGUAAUGGCUGAACUCACUGCCGAAAUGCAUGCACCAAAAUGGGAAAUCUCAGUGUCUUUUCCAUCGUCCAUACUGAUCGAUCGGAACUCCAUAGAAGUGCCAGAUGAAAUGCGAGGACAAUUCGCAAUCUGGAGUUUCUUCCCACAAUACAAUGACAGCUUUACUGUAGAGGUUCGCGUGGGUGGGAUGAAUCUGAAAAUCAUAGUGGAAUCACCAUGA